AGAGUUUCAAACGUUUCGCGGUGGAGGAUGUUGGAGAUCCAGUGCCUUCUUGGGUAGCCUUUGAAGGAUUUCCAGCCUCCCGUCUGCGACCGUUCCAGGUUAAAAAAAGAAAAAAAGAGAGAAGAAAAUUCAUCUCAAAUCUCGAUCGAUUCCUCCAUUUUCUUUCAAGAUCCACUCAUUUGAUAUGCUUCCGCGUGGCAUUUCAACCAAUCUCCUGAAAAUUAGAUCCUGAUUCGUCGAAUUAGGAUUCUUAGAUCGAAAUUUGGAGAUUUUUUUUUUUAAUUUACUCAUGGGGAUCGAUCGGAGGAUUUGAGGAAGGCGCAGAAAAGAGAAGGAAAUUAGUUUUCCAUUUUCUUUUAUUUUUGUAUUUGAAUUUCUAUUUCCUGUGGGAAAAGAUGGGGGUGAUGUCGAGGAAGGUUAUGCCAAUCUGUGGGAGCCUGUGUUUCUUCUGCCCUUCAAUGCGUGCGAGAUCAAGGCAGCCUGUGAAGCGGUACAAGAAACUUCUUAGGGAGAUUUUUCCUCGAUCACAGGAUGAACAACCAAAUGAUCGGAAAAUUGGCAAACUGUGUGAAUAUGCUUCAAAAAACCCCAUGCGCAUCCCGAGGAUCACCAAUUAUCUCGAGCAGAGAUGUUAUAAGGAAUUGAGAAGCGAGCGCUUUGGUUCAGCAAAAGUGGUCAUGUGUAUUUAUGGGAAAUUAUUAAUUUCAUGUAAGGAGCAAAUGCCACUGUUUGCAAGUAGCUUACUGAGCAUCAUUUACACUCUUCUCGAUCAAACACGGCAGACCGAAAUGCGCAUUAUAGGAUGUCAGACUCUCUUCGACUUUGUAAAUAGUCAGAUGGAUGGUACUUACAUGUUCAACUUAGAAGGUUUGAUUCGGAAACUCUGUCAGCUAGCACAGGAAAUGGGGGAGGAUGAGAGCGAAUAUCAUUUGCGGGCAGCAGCACUACAAGCCCUUUCUUCUAUGGUUUGGUUCAUGGGUGAACACUCUCAUAUUUCAGCAGAAUUUGAUAAUGUUGUCUCAGCAGUCUUGGAUAAUUAUGAAAGUCCUGGAAAAAAUGUAGACAAUCUAAACCAGGAUCAACCAAGCCCCCAAACUGGGUGGGUGCAAGAAGCGCACAAAGUCGAGGACCUUCCCUCUCCUUCACCAGCUGUCAUGACAAGAGUUCCCUCUUUGAAGAGUAUUGUAAAUGACAGAGGCGAAAUAAAUGUAGCUGUUGAAUAUGCCAAGAACCCCAACUUUUGGUCUAGGGUAUGCGUGCAUAACAUGGCCAAGCUUGCGAAGGAGGCUACAACCGUGCGGCGUGUCUUGGAAUCUUUGUUCCGCUAUUUUGAUAAUGGAAACCUCUGGUUGCCUCAACAUGGGUUUGCACUUCCUGUCUUGUUGCAUAUGCAGUCGGUGAUGGAAAAAUCUGGUCAGAACACACACUUGUUGUUAUCCAUCUUAGUCAAGCAUCUUGACCACAAGAGUGUUGUUAAGGAACCUGACAUGCAGCUAAAUAUUGUGGAAGUUGCCACUUCUCUGGCUCAACACACAAAGCUUCAGCCUUCUCUAGCAAUAAUUGGCUCAAUAAGUGACCUAAUGAGGCAUUUGAGGAAAAGCAUACAUUGCUCACUUGAUGACUCAAACCUGGGAGGUGACAUAAUCAAAUGGAACAUAAAAUUUCGAAAAUCAGUAGAUGAGUGCCUUGUGCAGUUAGCAAAUAAGGUUGGGGAUGCUGGGCCUGUUCUUGACCUGAUGGCUGUUUUGUUGGAGAACAUCUCGACUAUUUCAGUUAUAGCUAGAACAACAAUUUCAGCUGUUUAUCGUCUUGCACAAAUAAUAGCAUCAGUACCAAAUUUGACAUAUCAUAAUAAGGCAUUUCCCGAGGCAUUAUUCCAUCACUUACUCUUAGCAAUGGUCUACCCAGAUCAUGAAACACGUGUGGGGGCUCAUCGCAUCUUCUCUGUUGUUCUUGUUCCCUCUUCUGUUUGCCCCCGUCCUUGCUCAUCUGCUUCAGACCGCCCUCCAAAGGCAUAUGAUCUCCGAAGGACACUUACAAGAACUGUAUCGGUCUUUUCAUCUUCAGCCGCUCUCUUUGAGAGGCUUAGAAGGGAGAAAAGUUCCUUGCGAGAAAGUCUCUGUCAAGACAGUGUGGACAAACUACUUGAUAAUGAUGAUGGACAACAAAAAUCCAACAAUGAUGCAAAACUAUUCACAUUAAAGUCAUCUAAAAGUCGACUUCGCAGCUUCAGAGGUUCCACUUUACCUUCAUCCACAGAUGGGAAAUCUUCAAGCAUUUUGAGCAAGGAACUGGACCCAAUUUCUCUUAGAUUAAACAGUCGCCAGAUUAUGCUUCUGCUUUCAUCCUUAUGGGCUCAAGCCAUCUCCUCGCAAAAUACUCCUGGAAACUAUGAAGCAAUUGCUCACACAUACAGUCUGGUAUUAUUGUUUUCACGAACAAAGACGUCGAGCCAUGAGGCUUUAGUUCGGAGUUUUCAGCUAGCAUUUUCUUUAAGGAGCAUUUCUCUCAGAAAAGGAGAUCAGUUGCAGCCAUCACGUCGCCGGUCACUCUUUACAGUGGCAACAUCUAUGAUCGUGUUUUCGUCAAAAGCGUACAACAUUCUACCUCUUAUCCCUAUCGUCAAAGCAUUGCUUACAGAUAAAACAGUUGAUCCUUUUCUUCAUUUGGUUGAAGAUUCCAAAGUACAGGCUGUGAACACUGCAUUUGACCAUCAGAUAAAAGUCUAUGGAUCAAAAGAAGAUGAUAAUGAUGCUUUGAUAUCACUUUCCUCCGUGGCGAUGACAGAGGACCAAUCAAUAGAAUCCUUGGCUUCUGUGAUUGUGAAGAGCUUGGGGAAUUUAUCAGAUCAAGAGUCAAACAUUAUGAGGCAGCAGUUGUUAAGUGAUUUUCUGCCUGAUGAUAUAUGUCCUUUGGGAGCUCAGUUCUUGUCAGACACACGGUGUCAAAUCUCCCAGAUAACAGCAAAAGACUACAAUUCUUUUGACAAGGCCAUGCCUUCGGCUUCCUUAAUAGAUGAGGAUGUUUUUCCUGAAGCAUUCGAAAGUCAAGCAGAACCGCAAUCGCAGUUUUCUGUGAAUGCCGAUCUUUUGAGCGUCAAUCAACUCUUAGAUUCGGUCGUUGAGACAGCACGGCAAGUCGGAAGAUAUUCUGUUUCAACCACACCUGACAUGCCAUUCAAAGAAAUGGCCAGCCAAUGUGAGGCCCUCCUUGUGGGAAAAGAGCAGAAAAUGUCUGCUUUCAUGAGCAUAAAACAAAAACAGGAAACCUCGCUGAGCGGCCAUCCACAAGAUCUCAUUGAAGUGAAGCCACAAUCUCACUUGCAUGUGGAUCCGGGCUUCCAAAUGCAUUUGAAGUUGCAGGGUGGCAAUCCUUUCCUUGAUCUGAGCUUCGACAUGAACCCAGUCAAACCAUCUAAUGGCAACGUUUCUUCAUUGUGUGGGACUGAGUACCAGCAUCAGCCCCCGUUAUUCAGGUUGCCAGCAUCAAGUCCGUUCGACAACUUUCUGAAAGCAGCUGGUUGCUGACACGAGAAACAUGGGAGUUAAUUUUUGUUAGCCCUGAACCCUCAAAAGUCGGUGUUGGGGCUAAAGGCUUGAAAGUUUUGUGGUGUAACAAUGCUCAUGGGCUCCUACCCUCUACUGGCAGUCAUUUUUAUUGCGGGACCCCAAACAGCCUCCUUUUAGUCUUCAUUUGCAGAAGACAGCGGGAAGAACGGCAGGCAGUAUAGUGUUUCUGGGCUGAGUGUGUGUAGAAUUUCAGAGCAUUAUUCUUUCAUUCUUUUUUUCUUACUUGGGAAGUCUCUGAUGUUGAAAUGAGAGAUGUGGCUCCAAGUCUCGCUGGAUGCUGCUUGGAUGGAUGAAAAUUCAUUGUUCAGAGGUGGUUCAGCUGAUUUAAAUCAUUGGUAUGUAUAACCUCGUUAUUUUUAUAAUAUUCCACCUUUGAAAUGAAGGUCAUUUAACACUUGA